CCCCACGCGACGUGAUCAUGCAAGGUCCCGGCGCCGAGAAAGCGAGGGCUGCGAUGCCUCAGACAUUGACGUUGGACCACGUGUCUCCAGCUACUCGACUCUUGGAAAAACGACGACAAAUGUUUGAAGUCCAAGAAGCAUUGGAUGCGCAAAAGGAAGAGUUCUCCCGCCGCGAGGAUGCGUUUCGUCGACGGGAGGAGGGGCUUCGAAAGAAGGACCUGGAGUUGCAAGAGUCGCUCAUCAAGUUCAACAAGUUCCUGCAAGAGAACGAAUCCAAGCGGAACCGCGCCAUCAAGCGCGCGUCCGACGAAAUCAAGCAGCGUUUGGCCAAGGAACAAGACGUGGCGAGGCUCAAAGAGUCGCUCGAACGCUUCAACGACGAAAACGAAAAGCUCAGCAACGAGGUCAAGAAGAACAUGAAGUACACGCGGUACUUGGAACUCGUGCAGGAAACUGUCCCAGAAGACUACCCCGAGAUCACGGACCUGGUCAACCGGUACAACACGCUCAAGGACGCGAACCGGGAUUUGUCGGAAAACCAGCGGCUCCACGAGUCCGACAACGAGCGCAAGCGCGUCAAGUUCGCCACGUUCACCAAAGAACGAACGAACGACAUCCUCAACUUCAACAACGAGAUCGCGUCGUUGCAAAAGCAGCUGGAAACCCGCGAAUCCAACGCCAUUCGUCUCCAGCACGACGUGGACACGACCAUCCGCAUCACGUCAGACAAGACGCUGGAAGUGGGUCAGAUCUUGAUGGCAGUGGGCAACUUGCUGCAACGGUCCACGUGCGGCAUCCACGGCACCAUCUUGAAGCACAUUGAAGUGAAGGACGUGCCCAGUACCAGCGACGACUACCAAGACAAGGCCGUGGACGACAUCGAGUUGCUCCAGAACGGGCGCAAGGCCAUGGCCGACCUCGACGUGAUUGCAUCGUACAUGGUGGACUUCACCGCGAUCGUGCAGACCAGGAUCGAAACCCAGCGGGCCCAGAAAAAGGCCGCCGCGGCCGCCGAAGGAAACUCGAAUGGACCCAGCAACAUCGUGACCACCAAGCAAGAAUCCAAGUAA